AAGUGGUAUAUUCACUUAUUCUGAGUAGUCCCAUUUUGAUUAUUGGAAAAGCACCUCGCACAGACAUGUACUUGAAACAGCUAUUUUUUUUAAGUUGCAUCGUUUUUUCGAGCGUCAGGGCUCGCUCAAUACGCGAGGUUGCAUCCAAUCACGAAGUACCAUCGAUUUUAAAUUUAUUUGAGACUAUUAAUGAGAAUUUUAAGAAAUUUGGAGAUACGGUUUCAAAAUCAUUUAAUGCGCAGAAGUUUGAAGAAAAUGGACGAGAUGUUGCUAAACAAUUAGAUGAGUGGGGUGCAAAUAUCAAGAAAGAGACUGAAAACUUGAAAGAUAACGAAGCUGUCAAGAGUUUAAGAGAAUCAGUAGAUAAAGCUCUGGAAGAAAUCAAACAAUCACCCGAUGUAAAAGUCGUAAUUGAAAAAUAUAAAAUUGGGGCAGAUGCGUUUUUAGCCAAAAUAAACAAAAUAAAGGAGACUGAAGAGCCGAAGUUGCAAGAUCUUUCCAAGAAAAUUUUGGAACAAACCACUACAACACUGCAGGAUAUCGCCAAUAUUUUUCAAAAAGAUGUAAAGCAAUAAAUUAAUACUUGAAAAUAACUAAUUUAAAGAAUUGAAAUAUGAUGAAAUUUUAAACAUGAGCUUCUUUGCGGAAUGGUGAAGUUUCUUCUACAAAAAUAAAAAUGUUUACAGAUAUCACAAGA